AUGCAAUUACAAGAUUUACCUGUUGAUAUUUUAGUAUCAAUCCUUGAAAUGCUUGAUACCAAGGAAUUGUUGACUUUUGCUGCUGCUGCUGCUCCAUAUCUGAGUCAGGUUUAUUUUGCAUUACAGCAAGUUCAUCUCAAACCAAUUGUCUUGAAAGUUGAGACUUUGACUGGUGAAAAUAACCAUUUAGAAUCAUCAAAAGACUUUGAUGGCUUAACCUUAGUUCAUGCUUCUUCCAAUCGUUCUAAUAUUCCUUAUGAAGAAUCACUGAACCUUUUCUUUGAUACAUUCAAGUACUUCAAAAAUCUAAAACCAAGAUAUAUAACACUUCAAUUUGAACUAAAUACAGAUGAUGAUAUGAGUUGUAUAAAGGAUUUAUUGAUUAAAUGUGAAGAAUUAUUACCAUAUAACUUUGAAUUUCAAUUAUCGAUUUUCAAAAAUCUUAGUCAAACUAAAUUCUCAAAGUAUAAUCUUCCAUAUCAAGAAUUAAAAAAGUUUAAUUGGUCAAGAGUUACUAUUGAUACAAAUUACUUUGAGAAAGAAGAAUCAAAAAUUAUCCAAAUUGAGCAAUUAAACAUUCAAGAAGAUAGUUUAAAUGAUUUCUAUUUUCCAAAGUUAGGACAAGUUAAAUUCGAUGCUGCUGAUACAUAA